UCUUCCCCUCCCCCGCGCAAAGAAACACUUACCAACGAUAAUCAAGAUGCCUCAAGCUCAGCCAGAGCUCAAGAAAUACCUCGACAAAAGGCUCUUUGUGCAGUUGAAUGGGAGCAGGAAAGUGAUUGGCGUUCUGCGAGGUUACGAUGUCUUCCUGAAUAUUGUACUGGACGAUGCAGUGGAGGAGAAAGAUGGAGGUGAGAAGGUCAGAUUAGGCAUGGUGGUCAUUCGAGGCAAUUCCGUGGUUAUGCUUGAGGCGCUGGAGAGAAUUGGCGGUGGACGAGACGAUAGGUAGAUGUGGUAGUGAAGCUGGAGUAACACUCGUCGAGAAUUGAAGCAGGGGUGAAGAGCCAUGUGUCCAGAUGGGAGGCCAAAAGUUGUUACAGGAUUCACAUUAUGGCGUUGCUGGCUUCGAUAAUACCAUCUCACGUAUGAAAAGCAAUGGAAUACGAAAUUCUGCCAAAUGUGUUUCAAGGACAAGGAAAUUACUUGAAUUGCUCCAAAUACUUUUCGUCAAAC